UGUGGUGUUUGGGAGAGAGAUAUAAAAGAGCUAUCUGAUCGGAGAACUGGCUGAGGGUUGUGGAAGUAGUAAAAAAACGGUAGAAGAACCCCUGGAGGUUGCCUCUCAGAGCCCUUGUGGACAGGGACGAAUGGUAUCUGACGUGCAAUCUGAAAACUUAACAUGAAACUCCUCGUUAUCCUUCUGUCGGCCUUCUGCGCUCUUACGCAUGGAUGUCCCACCAUCAUGUCCAAGUCAGCGUGGGGAGGAAAGGCUGCCAAAUGCAGCCAUCGUUUAGCCACUCCAGUCAAAUAUGUGAUCAUCCACCACACUGAGGGGGCAUUUUGUUCCUCACAGUCUACAUGUUCUGCUCAAGCCAGGAAUGUCCAGAAUUAUCACAUGAGCAGUCGAGGCUGGUGUGACAUUGGAUACAACUUUCUAGUUGGAGAAGAUGGCCGUGUAUAUGAAGGACGUGGCUGGAGAAACGAGGGAGCUCAUACAAAAUCGUACAACAAAAUUUCCACUGGAAUUUGCUUUAUUGGAUCGUUCACUAAGCGCGCUCCCAGUGCUAGCGCCCUAAAAGCUGCUCAAAGUCUGAUAAAGUGUGGAGUCUCGAAAGGUUAUAUCAAAUCAGCUUAUAUUCUGAAGGGACAUCGCAAUUUAGGGGACACAGAUUGCCCUGGAGACAAAUUAUACCAAAUCAUUCAAAAAUGGCGCAAUUUUAAGGCUUAAGACUCAAGCAUUGUGCAAUGAAUUUAUCUUGCUGUACUGUGUUAUUUUUGUUUUGCUUUAUAUGUGUCACAAUCAUUGGAACAGUUUUAAAGUUGUAUGUGCAGUUUCUAUCAUACUUGACAUUAUUUUACAACUGUAAAUAUUUUAGGUACGCCAUUUUGUGCCACACAGCUCCUUAAAUGUGCAGAGAGCUUCAAACCAAUAACACAAGACAGAUACUUUCUGGGACAUACUCACACAUGUACGCUUUCGUUUUUAUGACAUCUCUCAAAGAAGGGCAAUACAUGAUGAUACUCCAUCUUAAAGAGUACACUCUAUUCUCUCCUGUAUCUCAUUGAAAUAUAAAAUGUUCAGCUUUUUCUACUAACAGCAAAAAAUGUUAAUUUACUUUAAUCCACAUUGUGCUUUAAUUUACUACAGAAAUCUGCUUUUACAAGGAAAUACUGCUGUAAUAAAAUAAAUAUCAUU